GCUGAAAGAAAGAAGAAGAAAAGAUAUAAGAAGAGCAGUUUCUGGUUCUUUCUUUCUGGUGUUUCGAUAUCUCUUUCGACCACACUUUUCAUCUUUGGCCUGAAAUAUCGAAGAUGAAGGUCUCUACUGCACUCUUUAGUUCUCUCUCGCUUUGCAUUUCAGCCUCCAGCUCUCUCUACAUUCCUCUCUCGGAUUCCUUCUCAAACAGCAAACUAUCAAGCUUGUUGUCGUUUUCCUUAUCCCCAAACACUUAUCCCAACAUCGACGAGUUGCCAUUGAUCGACACCCAAGCUUAUCAGAAUCUCGUUAAUGUGACAGAUCUCGAAAGUGGUGCAAACGACCUCUACUCAUUUGCCGAAUAUUCGAUCAAGCAAUACGACCACCCAACAAGAGUUAUUGGUUCAAAAGGUCACUGGAAGACUAUCGGCUACAUUUUAAGCACACUCAACCGCUACAAAUACUACUAUGACAUCUCUACUCAAGAUUUCUUCAGCACCCAAGGCAAAGUGAAAUUUUCGAUGCUAAAAGUCAAUGACCAGCUUGUUGAAGAUGCUCAACCUUUAAGCUUGACCCCACCAACUCCAAAUAAAAAAGCCGUUACUGGCCCUUUAGUAUUAGUUGACAAUGAGGGCUGCGAUGUAUCUGACUUUAAAUCAAAUGAAGCUGCAAUCAAAGAUUCUAUUGUAUUGAUCAAAAGAGGAACUUGCCCCUUUGGCUUGAAGUCUCAAUUGGCUGGUCAAUUUGGUGCUUUGGCUGCUGUCAUUUACAACAAUGAGCCUGGUCUAUUUCAAGGCACGUUGGGCGAGCCAUUAGAUGAUCAAGUUGCUUCCUUGGGUAUCUCAAGUGAAGUUGCCUCCAUUUAUAUCGACGAAUUGAAAAAUGGCGCCACUUUGAACACAACAGUUGUUGUUGACUCAUACAUUCAAAAAAUUAAAACUACUAAUGUCAUUGCUACAUCCAAAUCUGGCGACCAAGAUAAUGUCGUUAUGUUGGGAGGCCAUACUGAUUCUGUUGAAGCUGGCCCCGGUAUUAACGACGAUGGGAGUGGAACCAUCUCAUUGUUAAACUUAGCUGUUUACUUAACUAAUUUUAAACUUAACAACGCUGUUAGAUUUGCAUUCUGGGCUGCUGAAGAAGAAGGUUUAGUUGGCUCAACUUUUUAUGUUAACAGCUUAUCCCCCAAAGAAAAUUCAAAAAUUAGAUUAUUUAUGGAUUACGAUAUGAUGGGUUCUCCAAAUUACGCCUAUCAAGUUUACGAUGCUAACAACAAUGAUAAUCCCAUCGGCUCUGAAGAAUUGAAAAAUCUUUAUAUCGACUGGUAUACAGAAAACGCCUUAAACUACACUCUAAUACGAUUUGAUGGCAGAUCUGAUUAUGAUGCAUUUAUUAAAAAUGGUAUUCCAGGUGGUGGAAUUGCUACUGGUGCUGAAGGCAUUAAAACCAAACAAGAAGCAUCAAUGUUUGGCGGUGUAGCUGGCGAUUGGUACGAUCCAUGUUACCAUCAACUCUGUGAUGAUUUGUCCAACCCAAAUUAUGAAGCUUGGGAAAUUAAUACAAGAUUGAUUGCUCAUUCAGUUGCAACUUAUGCUAAAUCACUAAAGGCAUUUCCACUAAGAGAAGAUCUCAUUUAUUCUCAAACUCAUAAAGUUCCAGUCUUUAAAUAUCAUGGUGAUCAUCUUAUCAUUUGAUCAUUUAAAUUAAGAUUGGUCGAAUUACUACAAUAAUUUAUUCAUUUAUUUACAUUUUUGUUGUCAUUCUUUUUUUUUUCAUUCAUUUUUUAUAAUACUGUUUAUUUCAAAAUCUAAAAUUCAUCAUAUUUUUUUUCUUUAGUAUAAAAUUUAGUAAAAAUU